AUGGCCUGUCUUCCACCACAGUACUUUGCCAUGCCAGCCCCAACUCCAGCCCCAGGCCUCAUCGGCAAGACCGUCUACCACUACAUGACUCGAGAUGGGGGACCACCAAACAAGGGUGCUCCUCCAUCUGCACCAGCCAGCUCAGGCGCUCCGCCUCCUUACUCUUUGAUUCCACCAUUUGGGCCUGCACCUUCUCAGCCUGGCCCGGUCAUGAUCCCGCCAGGCCCCGGCUUCCCUGGGGCUAUCUGCGUACCGAACGGAGCAGCGCAUCCAGCACCACCGGCUCCUCCCACUGGGCCAGGCUGGUACAGUGUGCCGGGACCGCCGCCUCCUCCUCCGCCCACCGUCCCAGGCGCGGUUGCUCAAGCUGCUGCUCAACCGCCCGAGCCACCAGUCAGCGGAAAUCGGGUCAAGGACAACUUGGUCGUGGUCAAGGACAGUGGAGGACAUGGUCACGUAGUCUCGAAGCACAACGCCACGUUCCAUCUGUUCACGUACAAUGUCAUCGACAAGUACACGGUCAACGCCAGCAACCAGUUCUACAUCCCACCCAACGCGUGCGAGCCCUUCCGCGUCAUGACGGCCGCGUACUCGAUGCCCCUGGAGGAACUGAUCGAACAGCUCGACUGCAUCAAGGUUGCGCCGGCUGGGUGGCCACGCUACGCCAUCGGACUGGCAGAGGCAUUUGACCUCGGCAACGGAUGGUUCCAGGUUGGGUCCAAGUUCCACCUCGACGAGGAGAAGUCCAAGCAGACCAUCAAGGAGGCGUGGAGCAGUAGCAUCGGCGAGGCGCAAGAGUCUCGACCCAAAUACCUGAUCCGUCUGCCGGGCAAGCGCGGUGGCUCUUGA